CUGCCCACAGCUAAGAUGGCGCUGCCAGCGCUCUCGGGUCGCCGCCCGGCGCUCCCGGCAUGCACUGCGCGGGAUUGGCACACAGCUGCCAAGAUGGCGGACCUGGAGGAGCGGGUGUCGGAUGAGGAGAAGGUGCGUAUAGCUGCAAAAUUCAUCACUCAUGCACCCCCUGGAGAGUUCAAUGAAGUUUUCAAUGAUGUCCGGUUAUUGCUUAACAAUGACAAUCUUCUCAGGGAAGGAGCAGCACAUGCAUUUGCACAGUACAACAUGGAUCAGUUCACUCCGGUGAAGAUCGAAGGGUACGAUGAUCAGGUCUUAAUCACAGAACAUGGUGAUCUGGGCAAUGGCAGAUUUUUAGACCCAAGAAACAAGCUUUCUUUUAAGUUUGAUCACUUAAGGAAAGAAGCAAGUGAUCCGCAGCCCGAGGACACAGAAUCAGCUCUGAAGCAAUGGAGAGAUGCCUGUGACAGUGCACUGAGAGCCUACGUCAAAGAUCAUUACCCCAAUGGCUUCUGCACUGUUUAUGGUAAAUCUAUAGAUGGACAGCAGACAAUUAUUGCCUGUAUUGAGAGCCACCAGUUUCAGCCCAAAAACUUCUGGAAUGGGCGUUGGAGAUCAGAGUGGAAGUUUACCAUCACACCACCAACAGCUCAAGUGGCUGCAGUGCUCAAAAUCCAAGUCCAUUACUAUGAGGAUGGCAACGUCCAGCUGGUUAGUCACAAAGACAUUCAGGACUCUGUACAGGUGUCAAGUGAUGUCCAAACUGCUAAGGAGUUUAUUAAGAUCAUAGAAAAUGCAGAAAAUGAGUACCAGACAGCAAUCAGUGAAAAUUACCAGACCAUGUCAGACACCACUUUCAAAGCCUUACGCCGGCAGCUGCCCGUCACCCGCACCAAGAUUGACUGGAACAAAAUCCUCAGCUACAAGAUUGGCAAAGAAAUGCAGAAUGCUUAAUGCAGAAACAAGGAGGUGUAUGAAACAUUCGUGUGCAAAAAAACAAAUGUGGUCCUAUGCCAAGUAGAUGGUUUCUAAACCAGAGCAGCAUUUUUUAGGGCUUUCAAAGUUAACAGGUUUUCUAGCCUGAGAGGGAACCGUGGAACAAAUAGUUGUCUUUGUGUUUUGUGUCUCCUGCCACAUAAAACUUCCUGUUGUAGCUGCAUUUAAUAGGUCAUUUAAAUUCAGCCAUUCAUGGCUCAGAAGUAUAGCUGUUUUCAGUUUCUGGCUGGAAAACUUCCUAGCUGGCAAAGCCCUAAGAUUACCCCAGGAGAGGGUGCAGAGAGUUCCUUCACCUGUAUCUAGCACUCCAGGUAUCCAGUAAGUUUGUCAGACCUGCCAAGAGCUCACGGCGCUGCAGGACACAGUAAGUGCAAGACAGUGAGUCCUCGUGUCCUUACUCCCAACCUCCACAAAGCAGAUGCCUGCAGGUUUAGAUUUUACUGUAGAAAAAGUUUACAAGAUCCUUUACAGAAUUCCCUACUGACCCAGCUCUUCCAGGAACAUAACUUUUUUUUAAUCUGAAGAUUUGAGCCAUGUUCCCAAAAAGUGAACAUCCUUGUUCUCCCCUCCCUUGUGUACGUACGGUUACCAGACAUCUGCAUUUUUACAGAACUACAAGAUGAGUUACUGCUGAUCCACAAGGGCUGGAUGGUGAUUAAAAAUGCAAAUGUCUACAGAAUAAUAGGUAUGUUGUGCUUUAAUGCUUUGUGGCAGGUUCAUAGAUUUGUAUCACAGGUGUAUGGAUGGAUAGUGUACAAAAUAAAUAAAUUUGCACCAAAGUGAAAGAAAAAAUCCUUUC